AUGGCCGAGAUCGAUGCAGUAUUAGCCAAAUUCACUGACCCCAUCAAAGGAAGCAUUCAUGGUGCUACAUUUGUAGCCAUUGAUAGAAAUGGGAAUGACAUCUACCGGAAAUCAUUUGGUCACCAGAAAGUUGACACCAGCAAGUCACCAGUCCUGACUCCGGAUACAAUUUCAUGGAUUGCCAGUUUAACCAAACUCACUUCAUCUGUGUCGGUGAUGCAAGUCGUCGAAAGGGGACUCAUUGGAUUGGAUGAUGAUAUUCGCACUGUGCUUCCAGAAUUGAAGGAUUUGAAAGUUCUGAUUGGAUUUGAGGGAGAAGAAGAAGAGCCUGAGCCUGAAGUGCAAGUCAAAGAUAAGAAGGGACCAUACAGUGCCGAGCCAGUGGUUAAACCGAAGGGCAAUCCUAUAAUGGAGGAUGUUCAUGGUCCCAUUACUCUCAGACAAUUGAUUUCCCACACAUCAGGCCUCCGCUAUGAUCUGGGGAGUACCCUUCUAAUGCAGUAUUCUGCUUGGGCUGAUCGGAAAGAGAAUAUGUUCUUUGGGACUUUAGAGGGCAACCUCACACCUCUUCUCUUCCAGCCCGGUACCUCUUGGGCGUAUGGACCGGGGCUUGACUGGGCGGGUGAAGCAGUGGCGAGACUCACUGACAUGAACUUCGAUGAAUACCAGCAGAAGUACAUCUGGCAGCCACUAGAAGCAAAGAACACAACAUUCUUUCCAGCGAAUCGCGGUACCACUGAAAAAGAUCUCCAUGAGAUAGCAGAGCGGUCACAAGGGGUAGGCUCCCAGGAUCUCAAAUUUGGAUCAUUGCCUUGGCUCUUCGAAUGUCGGGAUGCUCUCGGUGGGGCCGGGUUAUACUCCACUGCCAAUGACUAUAGCAAGUUGCUGGCCGCUCUGUUAGCAGAUGGAGGGCCACUUCUUAGCAAAGCAUCUGUUGAUGAAAUGUUCCGACCACAGGUAGGCGCUGGUUCGGUGGCUGGGCUGCGAGCAUCCCUUGUUGGAGAUGGUUCGGAUAAUACCCACUCCACGACCUGGUCACAUUCUUUCGAGGCCGAUCGCAAAGAUCUCAUGGAGAUGCAGCACUGCUUGUGUGGAGUGAUCAACACCGAGGAUGUAAAUGGGCGGCGGAGAAAGAAUAGUAUCGCCUGGUCAGGACUACCCAAUCUCAUUUGGUGGAUUGACCGUGAGAGUGGUGUAGCGGCCACUUUUUUCACUCAAAUGAACCCAGAUGGUGACGAGUUUAUUAGAAAGCUCCAGUGGGAUAUUGAGCAUGCUCUGUAUAGACUUAUAGAUAGACGUGGUUCCAGCCAGGAAUAA